AUGGAGUACGUGUUUUGGCCCGAUCACUUGAGUACUGAAAGAAAUGGAAUCAGGCAAGUUAUAGCAAUCAGAGAGUCAGGCACAGAAUGGUUAGCUUUGGCGCUUUUAACAAACGAGGAAAAUAGAGCACUUAACUGUGACGCCAAAGGUCAAAAAUUAACCAGUAUCGGGACAUGGGAUCGAGGUGUGGGAUUUAGGUCUCACAGAGGUCAUAUUAAAAUGAUUCUUGUGCAAUUUAUGCCUCCACGGCUAGAUUUAAUGCAGUUUUACAGCUUGGAGCCAAUUUCAUUAGUAUUACCUGAGAAAGAUCGCCUCAUGCGGUCGCCGGCGGAUAGAAAAUUGGGAGGUUUAGGGAUUCAGGAAGCUUCAAUGCCAAAUUUUCGGCUACGGAGAACCAUUAAUCUCAUGAAUAUGUAUCGCAAGCACGUCGGGCAAUUAGACGCGUACCUUGAAACUAGAAGCGACCCAGGCCAGAACCGCAUGCCACGGCUUUCACUUUAUCAAAGUACAAGGAAAUACAAAAUUAGCAUUCUUGUUCGGUACUGUCUAUCAUAUUUGGUGAUUUUCGUGCAUUUUGUUGCCAGCAUGAUCAGUUGCCUACUCUCGAAAGGGCGACUGUCUCUGGUGAACAUAUCAGCUACCGCUCAACAGAUUGAUCUACGAUGUCAACAACUGUGCUACUUUCCUGUGCAAUAUUUUCGGAUAAAUGCAAGUUCGGAAUUCAAUAAAGCAUAUCCUUGUUCUGAGAACGGAGUUCUUGCACCUAAUAAAAAUCCGGGCAAUUUGCGAGACUCUUACCCCUGUGACAACUAUCCGGACUACAUCCGAUUUUACAAUACUGUGUGGCUUAUAGUUAACGACAUAUCCUUUGGGUAUUCCUUGGGUGCAUUAUUGGCAGAAAAUCGAAGCGCCAUUGCACGGUCCCUUCACUCAUAUUUCACCAAAUAUCUCUUCAAGAAAGUCCACUGUUUCACAAUGACAUUGAGUCAAAACCCUUUGGGGAUAAAGUUGAAUGGUGAGUUGGCACAAUUUUUGAGUGAUCUUUUUCUGUGGAUAAUUGAAUUCUCAUAUUCCAUUUAUAUUCAGAGAAUUACAAGUGUAAGCUGUAUUGAGCUUAUAAUCAGUAUUUUGUCAACUGCUUCGUGCUGCUUUGGAGUUACUUUUGCAUCGUCCUUGAUUGUUGAUCUUUUAUCAGUCUUGACUAUCCACAUUUCCCUCUUCUAUUACAUCAGCGCCCGAAUGUAUAACUGGCAGUUAAGUGUCAUGAAAUCCUUGCUGUAUUUGUUCUACGGGAAGAAACGGAAUGUGCUGAGGAACAGAAUUGACAGCCAUUUGUUUGAACUAGAUCAAAUAUUGAUGGGAACCCUUUUUUUCACGAUACUAGUGUUCUUGUUGCCAACAUUAAUGAUAUUCUAUGCAUUCUUCACGGUUUUGAGAAUGGUGGUCUUAUUACCAGAGCUUCUGUUGGAGUCGGUGAUGGCGUUGUUGAAUCAUUUCCCUCUUUUUGUAUUGUUGUUGAGACUGAAAGACCCACAACGCAUUCCUGGUGGAAUUUCGAUUCACCCAAUUAAAGGGACCGACCACUUUAGAUUGAUCAAUAAUCCUUUGACAGUCAAGCGGGCUUUUCGGCCAUAUGGUGCGCUGCUGACCAUGAUGGUGGAGAGUUAUUUUUCCUUGUCUACGCUCCGACAAAUUUUAAUUGGCCGGCCCAUUACCAUUCAACGCAACAGAAUGUACCAAAUAUUAUAUUCCGCCCUCCCAGAUGUUCCUGUUGCCACAGAGGACGUCUGGACUGCACUGAAUAAUGUACUAUGGUGA